AUUAUCAAUAAAAUAAAAACUAUGCACACUAUACCUAAACAAACGACAAUAUUGAUUUCAAAACAAAAUAUUUAAUAAAAAUUCGUCAAAAUGAUGAAAUAUCAAGAAGAGGGUGAAAAAUUAGCGGAUACUUCACCUUGCGCUGGUGUUCGAGCAGAUCUAAAAAUGUGUUUACUAGAAUCAGAUUGUUGCAAAAUAGAAAAAAAAACUCCUAGAGAAUGCCUUCAAAGGCCAGAUUGUCCGCAACAGUGUCUCGUUCUCCGUAACACUUUUUUCGAAUGUAAAAGAUCUUUGCUCGACAACAGGCAAAGAUUUCGGGGUCGUAAAGGUUAUUGAUUUAUACUUUUAUAAACUGUAUAUUAACAUAGAAUGCAUAGACUUAAAAUUUUUGAAAUAAAUUACAAAAUGUAAUAUGAAAUUAAUUUAAUUUCAAAUAAUAAAAUUCUUAAUACAUUAUAUCAUA